AAACCAGAGCCGAUCCAUCGUCAGAGCCUUGAUUAAGUCCACCCUACAGCCAAAGCCACCCAACAGAUCGAUCGACCACCGCGGGCCCGCUCCUAGAUCGCCAUGGCCACCGAUGUCGCGGCGAACCCGGCCCUGGCGCCGGACACGGACGCGCCGGCCGGCGAGGGCCUGGAGCUGGCGCAGUUCGCGGCGGGGUGCUUCUGGAGUGUGGAGCUCGGGUACCAGCGCCUGCCCGGUGUGGCGCGCACGGAGGUGGGAUACUCGCAGGGCCACCGCGACGCGCCCACCUACCGCGACGUCUGCGGCGGCGGCACGGGCCACGCCGAGGUGGUGCGCGUGCACUACGACCCCAAGGCGUGCCCCUACGACGUGCUCCUCGACGUCUUCUGGGCAAAGCACAACCCCACCACGCUCAACAGACAGGGCAACGACGUCGGGACGCAGUACCGGUCGGGCAUUUACUACUACACAGCAGAGCAGGAGAAGCUGGCACAGGAGUCGCUGGCGGCGAAGCAAAACGAGUGGAAGGAGACGAUCGUUACCGAGGUCCUGCCGGCGAGGCGGUUCUACCCCGCCGAGGAGUACCACCAGCAGUACCUCGAGAAGGGCGGGCAGUCUGCCAAGAAGAGCUGCAGCGACCCCAUCCGCUGCUACGGUUGAAUCCAGGCCGGCCGGCCGGCCGGCCGGCGGCGGCGGCGCGGCAUAUAUGUACCAAGUAUGUUUGUGUUGGAAUAAGCGCAUGGAUUGUGAAAGUUCCGGUUAAGACUUGAGAACAAUGGUAUUUGCAUGAUGGGGGUCGGUCAGUA